UUCUCCACCGGACAAACACAGCUAAACGCUUUCUCACAGACGAAGCUGGCUCUGCCUCCGUCGCCACUUCUUUAUUAUUUGUUCUUUUUUUUCUGUUUUAAAGAUAAGACAGAAUCACUAACCUGGUGCUGCAGACCUCAAGAUAUUAAGUGUUAUUCAGAGGCUCUGGCGUGAUGUCAGACCCGGGCAAGACGGAUGACAGAGAGCUGAGGCCGGUAGACUUCAUCCAGCUUCAGCAGUACAUUGACUACUGCAGUCUAAAAGUAAAAGAUGUGUUAAAGGAAUUCAAUGCAGAUGGCAGGUUAGCCAAGUACAGACACGGAGAGUGCAUUGAUGAGGAAGGGUUCCGCCUUUUCCUGAAGACGUAUUUGGAGGUGGAGGACUUCCCAGUGGAUCUGUGCCAGCGGCUGUUCAGAUCCUUCCAGAACUCAGAGUCAGCAAAAUCAGAUGAAAACAGGGAAGUCUUUCUGAAGGACGUGUCCUGUUAUUUCUCUCUCCUGGAAGACGGACAGCCUAGGGACAAACUUGAAUUUGCCUUUAGACUGUAUGACAGAGAUGGCAACGGUGUCCUGGACAGUUCGGAAGUGGAUCGCAUUAUUGCCCAGAUGAUGCACGCAGCAGAUUACCUCGGUUGGGAUGUGUCUGAACUGAGGCCUGUGCUGAAGGAUAUGAUGACAGCGAUUGAUGCAGAUAGCAGUGGAACGGUGUCAUUACAGGAAUGGGUGGAGGGGGGAAUGAAUAACGUCCCGCUACUGGUUUUACUGGGACUGAAGAUGACCCAAAGAGACGGCCAGCACCUGUGGAGGUUGAAACAUUUCAACAAGCCUGUGUACUGCAACGUCUGUCAGAAUAUGCUGCUGGGGCUGCGCAAACAGGGUCUCUGCUGCACCUGCUGCAAAUACACAGUCCAUGGCCGGUGUGCAAAUAAAAACCCGGCUCCGUGCACCCGCACAUAUGUGAUGUCAAAGAAAGAGAUGGGGAUUGCGGCCCAUGACUGGGUGAGUGGAAACUGUGAUUCUGGGAAGUGUGACCGGUGUCAGAAGAAGAUAAAGAGUUUGCACGGCCUCACUGGGAAACGCUGUGUCUGGUGUCACACUAUGAGACAUGAUGAGUGUGCAACCCAGGAACCCUUUGAAUGUGAUUGUGGCCCUUUUAGAGAUCAUAUCUUACCACCGUGGGCCAUUUAUCCCAUCAUCAAGGAGAGGCCGAACUGCAUAAAGAACGGCUGUGCAUUUGCAAGUGAUGACAGUGACCACAACACUACACCUGAUGGACAGGUUCUACAGAUAAACCCAAUUCCUGACACUCAUCCUCUUUUGGUGUUUGUGAAUCCUAAAAGUGGCGGUAAACAGGGAGAGAGAGUCCUUCGGAAAUUCCAAUACUUGUUGAAUCCUCGGCAGGUUUAUAACCUUUCCAGUGGUGGACCAGGACCAGGGUUAUGUUUCUUCAGAGAUCUGCCAGACUAUAGAAUAUUAGUUUGUGGAGGUGACGGCACAGUUGGCUGGAUCCUUGACGCUAUAGAUAAAGCCAACCUGCCAAUGCGCCCCCCGGUGGCUGUGCUUCCUCUUGGCACAGGAAAUGAUCUUGCACGCUGUCUUCGAUGGGGAGGAGGUUAUGAUGGAAUGGAUCUUGGCCGUAUCCUGAAGGACAUUGAGGGCAGUUCUGUGGCUCCGAUGGAUCGCUGGAGCAUACAGGUGACCCUGGAGGACAGUCAGGAAAGGGGUGACCCUGUGCCCUACGAAAUCAUCAACAACUACUUCUCCAUUGGAGUGGAUGCCUCCAUUGCUCACCGCUUCCACACCAUGAGGGAGAAACACCCACAGAAGUUUAACAGCAGGAUGAAGAACAAACUGUGGUAUUUUGAAUUUGCCACGUCCGAGACGAUCUCAGCAUCUUGUAAAAAACUCAAGGAGUGUCUCACCAUUGAGUGUUGCGGGACCCAGCUGGAUCUUGGUAGUCUUUCUCUGGAGGGCAUCGCCGUCCUCAACAUUCCUAGCAUGCACGGCGGCUCUAACCUGUGGGGUGAAGCCAAAAAAAGUGACAGAGCGGACCAGGACUUGCCUGAGGUCAUAGUAGACCCCGACGUCUUAAAAGUGAGCCCGCAAGACAUGAGCGACAAGCGCAUGGAGGUGGUGGGAUUGGAAGGAGCCAUUGAGAUGGGACAGAUAUACACAGGGCUGAAGAGCGCAGUCCGACUUGCCAAAACAUCUCAGAUUACCAUCAGGACAAAGAAGCCUUUGCCCAUGCAGAUUGAUGGAGAACCGUGGAUGCAGCCACCUUGUACCAUUCGCAUCACACACAAAAACCAAGCCAGUAUGCUGAUGGGUCCUCAAGCCAAAUCUGGCUUUUUCAACCUGAAAUAGAGUUUACCUGCGCUUGAAGCUGUUUUAAGUUUGCUUCGAAACUCUGUGUGCAUUAACAAUUACUCUGAAGCCAAUGACAGUUUAAAGCCACUAUGUCAAUUUUGCAGCAAAUGCUUAAUAAGGUUUUAGCUCUUACUCAAAUCCUUGUGUUUUUUGGAGAUUAUCCUUACAUGAGGUACAAACUCUUCACUAGACCAUCUUAACCUCAAAUAUGCUCUCUUUAAAGAAAUGCAGUGCUCUUAAACAGUAGCUCAUGCAUUUUUGCAUGCAUUUUUUGCUGUGAUAUACAUAUCGUGCACAGGUCAUUCCAAGUAAAUAGGAUGGAUAUUUGUUUUAAGCUUAUGUAGAUAUACAUAAAAAAAUGCAUCACCCCAAAGCAUCCAGUGUAUGAAUCACGGUUUGAUGCGCAGUGACUUUGCUGUAUAGGAAG